UUUGAUCUUUCAAGUCGAAGUCGUACAAGGAGGAGAGAGAGAGAGAAAAAAAAUUAAAAGAAAUAUCAAAUAAUGCAGGCGCUACUUCGAAGAAACUUCCACCUAUGGUGUUUAUCUCAACGCCGGCGAGCCGACGCCAUUUCUUCUCUCUUCCUCUACUUCCUCUAGAGAGAGAAAGAGACGAAGAUCAAACAGAAGACGAAACGUACUCAAUUACCGACCCAUUCGAGCUUCUUCUUCUGGGGAUUCAAACUGGGCGGAACCCACUCUCUCUCUCUCUCUCUCUCUCUCUGAUGCUUGCUUAACUUUGGGCAACACAAACCGGGCUCUUUAGCUCCUCUCUGACUCUGUCUCACUCGCUGGAUCAAAUCCGAAUCCGAAUCCAUUUAUCAGUUUAUCUCUCUGCUCUCCAAACUUUGGAUUCGACCUGAUCUGUGAAAAUUGUUGCCGAUCGUUGGGCAUUAUUUCCCUUUUGUUUGAAAAAAAGAUGGCUGCAAUUGAGGAGAAGACAGACCUUGAAUCUGAUGAGGAGAUCCCUUUUAGCUCAUCACUGGGCAAAAGGAAAGUGCAUUCCUUGGAUUUUGAGAUGGCUCAUAUGCAUCCACAUCCGGAUGCCUCGAAGUCACAGAUUCUUAACCUCAUGUGGAAAAGUCCUCUCAGGAGUAUCUAUAUUGUCUUAAUUAAAGCAAAGAUCAACAUAUUGUUGCCAUUUGGUCCGUUGGCAAUAUUGCUACAUUAUGUGACUGGAAAGCAUGGCUGGGUCUUCUUCCUCAGCUUAGUGGGCAUCGCACCUCUGGCAGAGCGUCUCGGAUAUGCAACAGAGCAACUUGCUUUCUACACAGGACCAACAGUUGGAGGUCUUCUGAAUGCUACAUUUGGCAAUGCAACGGAAAUGAUAAUAUCAAUUUAUGCGUUGAAGAAUGGAAUGAUAAGGGUUGUUCAGCAAUCUUUACUUGGCUCCAUCUUGUCAAACAUGCUCUUAGUGCUUGGAUGUGCCUUCUUUUGUGGUGGGAUUGUUCACUAUGAUAAAGUUCAGGUUUUCAAUAAGGCAGCUGCUAUAGUGAAUUCUGGAUUGCUUUUGAUGGCUGUAAUGGGGAUAAUGUUUCCUGCUGUGCUUCAUUUCACGCAUUCAGAGGUUCAUUUUGGGAAGUCGGAGUUGGCUCUUUCAAGAUUUAGCAGUUGUAUAAUGCUAGUGGCAUAUUCAAGCUACCUCUUCUUUCAACUUAAAAGUCAACAUAAUUCUUACAGUCCUGUCGAUGGGGAAGAAGAAAAUCAUGAAAAUUCUGAGGAAGAAGAGGCUCCUGAGUUAACUCUGUGGGAAGCAAUUGGCUGGCUCGCUAUAUUGACUGUAUGGGUGUCCAUUUUGUCUGGAUACCUCGUUAAUGCCAUCCAGGGAGCAUCCGACUCGAUGAACAUGCCAGUGGCUUUCAUUAGUGUGAUCCUGCUUCCUAUUGUAGGAAAUGCUGCAGAGCAUGCAAGUGCAAUAAUGUUUGCCAUGAAGGAUAAGCUUGACAUCACUAUUGGAGUUGCUAUUGGAUCAUCUACUCAAAUAUCUAUGUUUGUGAUCCCCUUCUGCGUAGUUGUUGGGUGGAUCAUGGGAAUACAGAUGGAUUUGAAUUUUCAACUUUUUGAGACUGCUACACUCUUUAUUACUGUGCUAGUUGUGGCCUUUAUGUUACAGGAAGGGACAUCAAAUUAUUUUAAGGGCUUGAUGCUUAUUCUGUGCUAUCUCAUAGUUGCAGCCAGUUUUUUCGUACACGUUGACCCUUCAAAUGAUGACAAUUAAAACGACAAACGGUGAGGUGGCCUUGCGUGCGGGAAAUAUACAUAAAUCUCCACUGCAAAAAGGUAGCAGGGAAGGUACUUGAAAGCUGUUUUGACAAAUUUUCCAUGCCUGGAUUUUUAUUUGAAUAUCCUUUUUUUGGAAAAUUCAGAUGAUCUCCCAGCCUCUUGUGGCUGGAAAAGUUUUUUUCAUUGUAUAAUAGAGUUUGACUGUAUUAUACAUCAGAAAAAAUAAUCUCUAAUCUGUUCAGUUUUGUUUUUUCUUUUCUUUUCUUUUCUUUUUGCCUUUUAUUGUUUUUCUUUUUUGUGGAAUUAUCAUUCUUUGAUCCCAUAAAAUGGCAGUCAAAAUCCCAAGAAUUGUUAUUA